UCUGAGCUUUUGGCGUGUCGCGCGGUUUGAUGGUUUACGAAACAAGUCCGUAAACUGUACCUUACAGAGGGUAUUUUUUUUAGGGUCUUUUUCUUUUUAAGUUAUAUAGACACUUAAAAUGUGCCGUAACAGAUGUGUGGAUAAUUUUUGAGAGUUUUCUUUUUCAUUUUAUUUCAACGUUUUUGAAAGUGCUUUCAGCUCUUGCGUCGUGAAGAGGCUUUUCAGAAGGCCGCUUUGCAAGGCGGCUUGCUGCUUUCGGAUUAAGAAAAUUAACUGCGGAAGUACUCAAAGGGGGAGAAUUCCUAUCAAAUUUGCCACUGGAGAAAACUUAAUGACGCAGUCGAACGCCGCCCCUUUUCUUUCUGGUCUGUGCUGCCGGCUAUGUUCGCUUUUCGUGCCGACAUGCGUAUAAAAAAAAGAGCGAGCGAAAAAAAAGAAGAAAAGAAGCAAGAUUGUUCGCAGUCCUUCGGCGCGUUCCCUGAUGCUGCAAACGCAGCAGCCCCGAAUUUGAUGAUAAUAGCCCGGUCGUCGUGUGCUGCACCAGUUUCCUGCCCAAGGCUGUCGCGCGUCACGUUUGCUGCACGGACGGCUGGUAUGCGCGCGUCUGUUGACCCGUUUCGGAAGGCUACGGUGUAAUAAGCGCUUCUCGCCAGCACAAGCAAAAGUAACGGGAAGUCCAGUCUAGACGGCGGUGGCAAAAAGAACAGCUUUCCCGGGCUGCACGUUCUUGACAAUGACCUGGUUCGGUCCAGACGCGCCGUGUUUUCGAACGCGGCACCGUACACAGUCGACCGAGCCAGCCUUGACGGCCCUCCCGUGGGUUCCUUCGUGGCCAAGCAGUUCACUGGGGCCCAUCGACCGGCCGCGGUGAAGCCGGUGGCCCAUGCCAGGGGCACGUUGUCGUCGCUGCGGUCGCCGGACAUGCUGAGGGGCAGCAGGCAGCCCAAGGAACAGCCCGACGAGUGUGGUGAGCCAAGCCGGAGGCCGUGCAAGGCCAGGCAGCAGCAGCAGCCACCGCUGCCCUCGGCGCGACAGCCGGCCGCUCGUCGCCGCACGCCGCCUGAUGGCGGUCCUAGCCGGCGGCCAGCGGCCGGCGCAGCUCGUGUUCGACCUGAGCCGGCGGUGGCGGCACGAGGCUUCCGCUACGUGACGGUGCAGCAGCAGCGCCGUGUGGCGCCCCGGCGGGCCGGCGACCUGGAGGACUCCGCAGUGGCAGAUGACGAGCGGCGCGACGUUGCGCCGCUGGUGAUGGUGCGCGAUGGUGAUGAUGCACUCUUGCUUGACAGCAGGCCUGAGGAUGGCGCUGCCGCGGAGAAGGCCACGUCGGCCAUUGCGGUCAGCGCCGAUGAGGACGUCCAGGCCAGGGACACAUCGCCUGAUGGUCGCUUUCUCAAGUUCGAGGAGGAAAUUGGUCGCGGGUCCUUCAAGACUGUAUACAAGGGGUUGGACACUGCCACGGGGGUGGCUGUCGCCUGGUGCGAGCUUCAGGAGCGACUGAACAAGAGUGAACGACAGCGCUUCCGUGAGGAGGCCGAGAUGCUGAAGGGCCUUCAGCACCCCAACAUUGUGCGCUUCUUUGACUACUGGGAGGUGAACACAGCGAAGCGCAAGUUCCUGGUGCUUAUCACGGAGCUCAUGACAUCAGGCACACUCAAGACGUACCUGCGCCGCUUCAAGAAGAUCAACAUGAAAGUUCUCAAGUCGUGGUGCCGCCAAAUUCUCAAGGGCCUGCAUUUCCUGCAUUCGCGGCCGCCACCUAUCAUCCACCGUGACCUCAAGUGUGACAACAUCUUCAUCACAGGCACCACAGGCUCGGUCAAGAUUGGAGACCUGGGCCUGGCCACCCUCAAGAACCGCUCUUUUGCUAAGAGUGUCAUUGGUACUCCCGAGUUCAUGGCCCCUGAGAUGUAUGAAGAGCACUAUGAUGAAUCGGUGGAUGUGUAUGCCUUUGGCAUGUGCAUGCUGGAGAUGGCAACAUCCGAAUACCCCUACUCGGAGUGCAGCGGGCCGGCCCAAAUUUACAAGAAGGUCACCACGGGUGUGCGGCCCCAGUGCUUUGACAAGGUGGAGAGCGCAGAGCUACGAGACAUCAUUGGCCAAUGCAUACGGCUCAAGAAAGAGGAAAGGCCAACCGUGAAGGAGCUUCUGCAGCUGGACUUCUUCCAGGAGGACAUGGGCCUCAAAGUUGAGUUUGUCAACCGUGAGGAAAGCCUGGCAGGGGGUGCUGACAAGGUGGAGCUGCGGCUGCGCGUGCUGGAUCCCAAGAAACGCAAGGACAAGCACCGUGAGAACGAGGCCAUACAGUUUGAGUUCCACGUAGAGAAUGACAACCCCGACGAGAUAGCCAAGGCUAUGGCCCUGACGGGUAUCAUAAUGGAAGAGGAUACCCGCAUUGUGGCCAUGCUCAUCCGAAACCAGAUCGCUGCCCUGGUGCGUGACCGGCAGCACCUGCAGAUGCAAGCAGCUACCACGCUGGUGACACAAGCAGCACAGCAGGCUGCCACUGCGCCGCCAUUGCAGCAGCCAGUGGCCGAUGGUCAUAUCGAGGCAGCCGAUGCAAGUGAGCAGGCAGUGCAGCAGCCCCCCGCCCACAGUGUGCCUUCAAGCAUCGCCGAGAGCGCCUUGUCUGCCGAAGGCUCUCCAGAGGACACACUCCAUGCGCCUCCGGUGGACCCGGCCCACCGGACUGUGCCCCUGCAGAGUGCCUUCAUGCCCCCAAUUGUGCCCUCAACAGCUGGACAGCAACCGGCCAGUCGGCAGCCUCCCAUGCAGCAGGUUGUCACGCAGCAGCCACAGUAUGCGAGCGUUAUGGCCGUUUCGGCAGCGCCAGUCAGCCCCCACACGAGUCCAGCCCCCCACGCGGCGCAGGUUUCAGCACCACCCCCCCAGCCGGCACCCAGUGGAGCAGCAGCGACGGAUGCUCAGCUGCCGCCGCAGGAUGAACUCCUGCCUUUGGCCCAUGACACGGAAACCGUGCAGCCCUUCUGUCAACCCACACUCAUUUCUUCUCAGCUCUAUGAUGACCUGCGUGGUGACAGUGCCUCUGCUCUGGACUCUGCAAGCGAGGCAAGUGACCUGACAGACUCAAGCGCACGAGAGAAAGCACGAAAAAAGGUGCCCAAGCGGCGACGAGGGGCCCAGGUGGAGCAGCGCUGGCCUCGUCUGCUAGUUCUCUCUGUUGAAGGGGGCUCAGUGGUUGAGUGCCAGCUCGAGUCGUCCAAGGGCAAGACAGUCACCUUCAAGUUCGACAUACACGACAUGUUUCCCAGAGACAUUGCCAACAACCUGGUGGUGACGAACCUGCUCGCCGAGCAACACGCAGACAUGUUUGUGGAGCAGGUACAGGACAUUGUGCAGCAGCUAAAGGAGCACCCGGAGCGACUGCCCAUUGUGUCCAGCCAACCCACAGACGGGCGGCUGAGCUUUGAGAACAUGGAGAACAGCAUCAUGCCAGCCACCCGUCCCCCCGAGAAGGAACCGAGCGAGCCACCUGGGUCGUGUCAAGGCUCACCAGUGCGCCAGCUCAAGCCCCUGACAGCUCAAUUUCAGCAGGCUGUCACUACUGGCCACUUGGCUCCCAGUCCUGUGGAGGAGCAGGCACCUCCAUUCCCACCCUUGACACAGCCAGUCAUCAGCACCAGCCCGCCAGUUCCCAUGGUGCAGCCUCCAACACCGGUCGCCAAAGUGGUUCCUGCUCAGGUGAUUCCAGAAGGGGAUUCCAGCUCAAGGCUACCCUCGCCAUGUGGGGACGACAAGCAGGCGCCACUGAGCUGCCCUUCCUCCACUGCUGUCGCUGCUAAUGCUACUACCGCCGCUGCCACACCCCCCUCCUCUUCUGUCGCUAGCGCUCUUCCUACGCAAGUCGAAGUGCGGCCACCAGCCGAUGCAGCCACGCCCCACUGUGCCACUCCGCAUGCACUGAGCAGUGAGAACAGCUUUUCAGAGUCAGAGCCUGGAAGCACGCUGCCCCAACAAGCAUACACCGUUGUCACAGACCUCGGCCACCUGCAGCAGAGGCUGGUGGAGUUGACUACCCCAAGCAGCCACCCUGCAACAGACUCUGCUCUUGUGCCAGCCGAGACCCCUGCAGCCAGCAUAGCCCCUGUCGAGCCAGGAGCUGCAGCCCCUGCUUCACCCAAGCACGUGCCGGCGCACAGUGUGGCAGCAUCCGUGGCUGCUGUGUCCGCUGCCCCCCCUGCUGUGGUGACUGUGGCACCGUCCAGCUCGCGGCCCUCGUCAGUACCACCUGAGCGCAAGCCUGCCGUAGCAACCAACCUGGAGGACUUGAAGCUGGAGCUGCAGAAACUGCACGGCAACACCAUGAAGAGUAACAUUGAGCAAGGGCUGCAGGCCAUAUUCUCACAGAACACUGUGGCCCCAGUUCUGACACCUGCGCACUCGCAGCCGCAGGUGCCGCCGCUCUCUGCUUUUGUGCAGGUGUUUGCAGAGCACCCAGCCACUGUCUCGCACUCUGUGGGAGCUGUAAUGCCACAGGCAACUUCAGCAGCACCAGUCUUGUCGACAACGUUGGUUCCUGUGUGCACCCAAUCGGUGGGCCAGAUUUCUACUGAUACUGGCAGCAACAUUCCAGUGCCACUGGUGACACUCGCAGACAAUGUGGGUAGCACAGCAGCCACUGAAGCCACUGCAUCACCUGUGUCAGCACCCUGCACCUUGCUGGAGCCUGCUGUAAUUCGGCCACAAGGCAUACUCCUUGCACAGCCUGCAUCCAGUGCAGUUGGGCCAUCUACGGCAGGUCGCUUUUCCCGCUUCCAUGUGACCCCUGUUCGUGAUGACCCUCUCCUUGGGAGUUCCACCAGCCUGCCAUCAACGCCAUCAUCGUCCUUUACAAGCACUCUGGCCCCAACACCAUCCAUGACCACUGCUGCUUCGGUUACCGCAACUGAGGCGCCAACGGUUGCCACCACGGCCACCUCGCCCAUUCCACCACUGCCUCUAGCAUCGACUACCACAUACCCCCAUGAAACGGCAGUUCACAACUAUGACGAUGGGGAAGUGACUCGUGGUGGCUACGUGGUGAGCACGGCCACACAGACCAGCACCACGGAAAUGAAAGCAGCGGCGACUCAGCCACCUGUACCAGUGAGCUGUGGUCGCUUCCAAGUGACCACUGUGGUGGACGAUAUUGCAGCUACUGGUCUGCUAGCCAAGCAAAAGCCACCAGCCAUAGACCUUGACGAGCACACCAAGUGGCAGCCCUGUGGUUCACCUCCUCCUCCACUCUCCCGUCACACACUGCACCCUGAGCGGCCGUCUGCCCGGGGCCGCCUUGCUGCCCAUCUCUUCAGCCAUGACUCAUCAUGCCAAACAUUGGACGACUGCCCUGACCCGUACGCCACAUUCCCGUAUGGUGCAGACAAGCGUCUUGACCCCCCAACCUCUCUCGAACUUGCCCUGGCCAAGAUUAUGCGUGGCUACCUGCGUUCCUCUGACUCUGGUGGUGACCUUUCCUCGCUGUCACAAGCCUCCCUGGAAUCGCUGGCACCAGCCAGUGAGGCUUGGAAAGUUCGUGUGCAUGUGCGCGACGCUGAGGUGCAGACGGAGCGGCCACUGCAGAAGAAUGCCUGUGUCGGCACCAUGUCUCCCCAGUUGACACCACGACGCUUCUUGCUCUCCCUGGAGCCCCCGACACUGGCCAAGGCACGCAGCCUGUCAUCCCUGAGCCCCAAGGAAGGCUGUGAACGCUGUGCAGGCCUGAGCCCCGCGGUGUCCCCACCCUGGAGCUCGCCCUGCAGCUCGCCACCGCUGCAGCGCCGCAGUGCCCCACGCGCAAUUCCAGUGGGCAGUGCUGAGAGGGUGCGCGGUGCAAGCCUGGUUGACUGUGGGCGCAGCCUCUCCCUGAGCCAGUUUUUGUUGGCCUCUUCUGUGCUGCAGGCGGCUCUCACCUCAGACCAGACACAGGAGCCAGAAGAGCCAGACGACCCAGAGGAAUUUCUCAAGCAGCUGCUAGCACGGCAGCAGCGUGAGCGAGAGGACUUGGAGAAUCGGCACCGUCGUGAACUGGAGUGGUUGCGGCAGUGCCUCCGAGGCACAGCAUGGCCCCUGUGUGAGGCACCCAAUGGGGCGGGGCCCCCCGCACCACGCCUGCUGCCGCACUCACAGUCGGCACCGCACUUCCCUCGCCACAUUCCGCCUCUGUCGACAUCGCCUGAGUGGCACAGCCCUCCUCUGCAUCUGGCCUCCCUGGAACGAGGGGCUCUGCAUCGUUCCAACUCUGAAGGCCUGCCGCCCGAGCCCGUUGGUGGUAGACCUGUGGGCCGCACUCGAACCCUCACCGAUGACCUUCUGAGGUUGGUGCAGCUGAAUGGCGCAGCAGCACGGGCAUGCCCCACAUCCCUGAGCCCAGAGCCUAAGCCCACACUUCACCAGCUGAUGCAGCAGAGGCACAGCACAGUAGCCCUGAAGGAAGGAGCCCCCGUAUAUCCACCCCUGCAGUUUGGACGAGGCAUGCACCGUCACCAGUGAUGACUCUUCAAAGUGGACGCACUUUGAGCACCACUGUGCAAGAAUAUCAGCUCUUCAAGUGCCCCGGAGCUUUCCCUGCAUGGCAGCCAAGAGAAAAAUAGAAUUUCCAUGCUUCACUGCUUUCAUACGCACUUUUUGUGCAGGAACCUGCCACACCAUGUUUGCGGCAGAGCCUUGAGCAGUUUUACAUCUAAGGGAAAAUGAAUUCCUCUACCACCAUUCCCACACUUCGCAGGAGCAAGCAUUACACUCGCUGCUUUUAGGUACAGUUAUUCACUCGUCCCGUCAGGGUUGCAUUUUUAUGGUUGCUCAGCAUUGUAGAUCAACUUUUGUUGAAUAUGCUGGUCUCCUGCAGUGGCUAAUCACUCACUUUUAAUGGGGUGAUCUUUUUUCCUCGUUCUCAACGGAGCCUAAGCCUGACAAGGAAUGUGCUCUUGGUUCUGUGCUGUCGUCUGCUUUGAAGGAGAGGACCAGCUUCAAAGUGCAGAGCCAGAUGUUGAGGCUCUUUGAGUCAACUGUUGAUGCAUACAUGCAUAGCAGUGCAAGGCAGUCCCCCCCCCCUUCUUCUCUGUGACCAGUGCUGAGAAUUUAGCAUGCCAUCUCGUGAAGGAGGUGGGCGUCCAUUUUUGUGGCCUCUCUUUCUUUGCUCUGUUUUAUUGGCAAGUUCGGUGCACAUAGUGAAGGGGCCAGCAUCUGAACAGAUAUGCACAGUGACCAGCAGUCCUCUGCUUUGAUGACUUACAGCCUUGUCGUUCCCUGUUGUCGAUUAGCUGAGGCGUAGAUGAACCACAUUUCUUUCAACUGAUGGAAUCCUCCUCGCACAAGGGAGAGGAGCACAGUCUUCCGUGAAGGUGGUGAUUUUUAGGUGUCCCAUUUUUUUAUCUGUGUCUCUUUCUUCAUGGCACGUGACAGUGAUGUUGGAGCAAGUGCAAGUGUUGACUGUCACGUGAGUGAAUGGCUGCCUAUGUGAGAGGAGGAAGACUUUUCGAGUGAGUGAUGACCACAGGUGUAGAGACAUCAUGGCACCUGCGCCCCCCGCCCCCCCUCAUUUUGUUUACCUAUCUCGUUUCUUUUAUUGCUGCAAGCAAUUUUUCUGGUGCUGUGGCAGCAGCAACUGGACAUUUAUUAGAAUGCUUGCUUAAUGAUGUAGAGAAAAAAAUGCAAGUUUCUAGGUAAUAUUCGUACAUAUUUAAUAAUAAAAAGGAUGCUGUAUACAA